AUGGCACCUGUAAACAAAAAAGCAAAGACAGACGCAUCAGAAAAAGAGCUUGAGGAUUUAUUGUUUGGUAGCAAUGCAGAUGACAUGUGGAAUAAGACGGGUCAUGAACUUGAUAUAAAUAAUAAACAAACAAAAGACGAAAGCGGAGAAGAUGAUGAUGACGAAGAUGAAAACGAAGAGGCUUUCUUUUUUGAUUCCGGACCUGUCACAUUUACUUUUGAUGUGCCCACCGUUGGUGAGCAAGCAACUAAUGAUGAAAUUGAUUAUGAAGCUGAAGAGGAAAAUGAUGAUAAACAAACAAGUCUUGAUGAAAUUAGUGAAGAUGAAGAUAGCGAUGAUGAUAGAAGUGAGGAUGAAUAUGCUGCAUGGGAAGAUGAAGAUGAUAAAAAUUUAAAAAUUUCUUUAAUGUCAAGUAAUAUUACAAAGAAACUUCGUAAUGAUGUUGAUGAAGAUGUUAUCAAUGGUGCAGAAUACACUCGUAGAUUACGAAAACAAUUCAACAAAAUCUAUCCUAAACCCAAUUGGGCUCGACUUCCAUCAGAAAUUAAAGCUGAAGAAAGAAAACGUAAAGCAGCAGAUAGUGAUGAUGAUGAUGAUAAUGAUGAUGAUGCAAAUAAGGAUGAAGAUGAAUUAGAUAAUGAGACAAGACUUGAUUUGUUAAAGAGUACAAUGGGCAUUUUAGAAAGAAGAUCCACAAAUAGAACUAUAUCAGCCAAGAAAUUAGAUAUCCAACGUUUGAAGAACGCUAAUCGUACAGCACCAAGAACUAAGAUUCCUAUUACUUCUGUUGCUUUUCAUCCAAAUGCACAAGUCUUAAUGACAGCUGGUUUAGAUAAAACUUUACGAUUAUUCCAAAUUGACGGCAAAAUUAAUCCAAAGAUUCAAUCUGUUAGAUUUAAAGAUAUGCCUAUUUUCCAUGCAGAAUUUCAUCCUUCUGGUGAUCAAAUUGUUGUUAGUGGCAGACGUAGAUUCUUUUAUAUUUAUGAUAUUCAGACGGGUGUAAUUGAUAGAUGUCCUGGCAUUUGGGGUAAAGAGGAAAAAUCCUUGGAAAAAUUCUCGAUUAGUCCAUGUGGUCGUUAUAUUGCAUUUUUAGGUACAAGUGGAACAAUCAUCAUUGUGAGUUAUGUAACAAAGAAGUGGUUCUGCGAUUUGAAAAUGACUGGCGGUUCUGUUCAAUCUGUGGAUUGGUCUUCAGAUGGAAAUUUCAUUUUUGGUUUUAGUAAUGUUGGUGAAGUAUUCCAAUUUGAUAUUCAAAAGAAAGAAUGUGUAAAGCGCUGGCAUGAUGAUGGUUGUAUAGGUGGUACUGUUAUUAGUGUUAGUCCAAAUGAAAAGUAUUAUGCUGCAGGUUCAUCAUCUGGUAUCGUGAAUCUUUAUGAUAGAUCUGUUCUUGAUCCUAAUAUUACAAACCCUAAACCUAUUAAGGCUAUUCAGAACUUAACAACAAAAAUCAGUAAUAUCACCUUUAGUCAUGAUUCACAGUUAAUGGUUAUCUCUAGUCAAUCUAAGCGAGAUCAAUUAAGAAUUAUUCAUGUACCUACAGCUACAGCUUACAGUAACUGGCCAACAGACAGAACACCUCUUAAUGAUGUCACAUCCGUUGCUUUCUCACCUAAUAGUGAUUAUUUGGCUAUUGCUAAUAGAGCAGGCCAUGUAUUACUUUAUACAUUAAAACACUAUGCGCUUAAAUAA